GCCAGGUACAUGAAGCAAAUUAUCUGUUAUGAAUAUAUAAAAAUCCAGAUGUACAUGUUUUAAAACUAAGUUUUUAGAAUUUAUAUCGGUUCUAAGCGUCAAAUAUAGCCUAGCAAGUUAAAUACAGCUAGUAGGUCUAAUGGAUGACCAAGAAUACAGUUUGCGCUGGAAUAAUCACCAGCCGAAUUUUAUCUCUGUGUUCAAGAGUCUUCUAGAACUUGAAGAGUUAGUAGACGUAACACUCUCUGUUGAGGGAAAACACAUUAAGGCUCACAAAGUUAUUCUCUCUGCUUGCAGCCCAUACUUUAAGCUUCUGUUCACAGUAGCUCCAAGUAAACACCCCAUUGUAAUUCUCAGUGAGAUGAAAUACAGCCAUUUGAAAACUAUUGUUGACUUUAUGUACCAAGGGGAAAUCAGCAUAUCAGAUGAGCAGCUUCCAGAUAUAUUAGAGGUAGCUGAGGCUUUGCAAGUCAGGGGUCUAUUUGAUCCAAACAAAAAAACAGAAAAUGCCUCAUCAGAACAAAGAGCCCCGGCUAAGAAACGAAAACGCAAGUCUGAGACUAAUGGUGAUAAUAAGGUUGUCCAAGGUGAAAUGAUACCACAAGAAAUGUUUGAGCAGAUGAAUUCUUCUGACUUGGGUUGUGAAGGAUUGUUUGAUCCCAAAAAGUGGUUACAAGAUGACAACCACACCUUCACUCAAGAAUUUAGUGAAUCUCCAAGUGAUUCUCUUUCCAUGGUGGUGCCCAAAAUAAGAUUACAGGAAAUGAACAACGGUGGCCUGGGUUUGCUUCAUGAUCAAUCAAUGCACAAUAUAUUACCACAUAUCAAUAAGCCUGGUCCAGGAAGGAGGCGCAGCAGUUCAAAAGUGCAAGACAGUGAAAACUUCCUUCAAGCCUUAGAGGCUGUGCGUUCAGGCAGUUUAGGCUUUUGUAAAGCAGCGAAACUGUAUGGAUUAAACAAUCGAACACUAUGGCUAGAAUAUAAGAAGAGAGGAUAUCCGUCCAACCGCCCACCUGUAAAUUUGAGACAAAAAUCAAGCCCAAUGUCAGCUAAGACUUCUUGAUUCUGUCAUUUCACUGUACAGAUUAUUGUAUUUAUGAGUUUUAAGAGUUUUUUUUUAGUGUGGAUUUAUUUGUUUUAGCAAUAAAUAUUGCUGGAAACACUAGAGCGUUUAAUUGCUAUUGGUAUUAUUUAUAUAACAAAUAAAACAAUGAAAUAAAAACUGUUUAUUCUAAUUAUAAAAAUAAAUGAAAAUUUAUCUAUAUUUUUAAAAUUUUUUAUAAUCUACGAACAAAUGGUUAUUUAAUGUAUGUCUUGAAUGGUAUUUAAUUGCUAUUUCUGUUUUAUUUCAAAGUUAACUACAUAGAUUUUGGUUAAAAUGAAUAUUAUUUUUUAAAUAAUGAAUAUCAAUUUAUGUCAUUGAUAAAACUGUUAUAAACAAUAUUAGGAUACCAAAAGAACUGAAAUGUCCAUUUAAAAUGUAUUUUUUACUAACUUAUUUAUUUCUGAGAGUAAGAUUUAAUGGUUUUAACAUUUUCUUGUUUCGUGCAAUGAAAAGCAAAAUAAGUAUGUAAUAUAUAAAUUUAUUUAGUAAUUAAUUAGUGUGUCCUUCUGUUGUUCUGUGUGUUAGUCAAGCUCAUUACUGUAUUACUAGUUAUAAACUUAAACGUAGUCUAAAAUUAUUUAUUUGUCAGUUUAUGUAGUAUACUAUAAGUGAACAAACAAUUGAGUAGCUAAUUUAUCAAUUUAAUUUAUUUACUAGAGCCUGGUAAUUAUUUAUAGUUUAUGUAGAAGUUAUUUAUUUUGUGACUUUUAGAAUAACGUUAUGUAGCCAACCACCACAUUAAAAAUUUUCCCACCAAUAUGUUAUUGUUAUUAUUAGUUGUAUUGGUACUUAUUUAUUGUCUGAAACGGAUCGAAAAAUACUUUUUUCAGACAAUGUUCUAAAUAAUAGUUCUUGUUAUUACAGGAUCAUAUACCUUUGUAAACUUUGAGGUAGUUUUAGAUCUGAUAAAGGUUAUUAACAGACAAAGUUUUCAAGGGAAUAAGGUUUGAACAUCAUAUCUGAAACUGAUUUAACAUUAAAAGUUUUCUUUUUGUAUACACUAAAAUUUAUACUGAGAAGUAUUCCUUUAACCCUUUUAGGACAAACUAACGAUAUAUUGUUAGUUUGCCAUUUAGUCUUAGAAAAAUUAACGAUACAUUGGUUGGUGGUGUUUGUAUCAUUAAAUGUUUCUUAAUACAUUGACUACAGCGAAUGCACAUUACUACUAUUCUGGCUGCCCUAAAGUCAGUACAUAACUCGUG